UUUGAAGAACAGGAAACAAACCUUUCAACAGCUCAAAAGCGUAAAGAAACGUGAAAAUUGUGAACACUGCCGAAACAUCAGAAUACGUAUACAUCGGCAGAUAACAGAGAUAGAAACAGGAACGAAACGUUGUUUUCAAGUGAAGUAAUUUUAAUAGUGCUGCUGAGAAACAAUUUGUUUGGCUAGCCUGGGUGCGAGGCAAGGGUUGUGUUUGAAUCUCCGACUCGAGGGAGGCGCCCUCCUUUUAGCUUGUGCAUGUUGAACAUUUUAUCUAUUUAACUUUUACACCUUUUGGGGAAUCUGCUUAAAGAUGGGGUGUACUCUGAGCACGGGUGAUAAGGCGGCGCAGGAGCGCAGUAAAAUAAUCGACAGGAAUUUACGGGACGACGGGGAAAAAGCAGCACGGGAAGUCAAGCUGCUUCUGCUCGGUGCUGGGGAGUCAGGGAAGAGUACCAUUGUCAAACAGAUGAAGAUCAUCCAUGAGGCGGGCUAUUCAGAGGAGGAGUGUAAGCAAUACAAGGCGGUGGUGUACAGCAACACCAUCCAGUCCAUCAUCGCCAUCAUCAGAGCCAUGGGGCGCCUCAAGAUAGACUUCGCUGAAGCAGCCAGAGCGGAUGAUGCUCGUCAGCUGUUUGUGCUGGCGGGAUCGGCAGAGGAGGGCUUCAUGACCGGUGAGCUGGCCGGAGUCAUCCAGCGCCUCUGGAAGGACGGGGGGGUCCAGGCCUGCUUUGGCCGCUCACGAGAGUACCAGCUCAAUGACUCGGCUGCCUAUUAUCUGAAUGACCUGGACAGGAUAGCCCACGGAGCGUACGUGCCCACCCAGCAAGACGUGCUGAGGACCAGGGUGAAGACCACCGGCAUCGUGGAGACUCAUUUCACCUUCAAAGACCUCCACUUCAAAAUGUUUGACGUGGGGGGUCAGAGGUCUGAGAGGAAGAAGUGGAUACACUGCUUUGAGGGAGUCACCGCCAUCAUCUUCUGUGUGGCGCUCAGUGACUACGACCUUGUGCUGGCCGAGGAUGAGGAGAUGAACCGGAUGCAYGAGAGCAUGAAGCUGUUUGACUCCAUCUGCAACAACAAGUGGUUCACAGACACCUCCAUCAUCCUCUUCCUCAACAAGAAGGAUCUGUUUGAGGAGAAGAUCCAAAAGAGUCCUCUCACUAUCUGUUACCCGGAGUACGCAGGCUCCAACACGUACGAGGAGGCAGCAGCCUACAUCCAGUGUCAGUUUGAGGACCUGAACAAGAGGAAGGACACCAAGGAGAUCUACACCCACUUCACCUGUGCCACCGACACCAAGAAUGUGCAGUUUGUCUUCGACGCAGUCACCGACGUCAUCAUCAAGAACAACCUGAAGGACUGUGGCCUCUUCUAGGGCAGUGUGGUGGCCAGCGUGUGUUCAGUGACCAUUUUCUUUGGGACGUCUGUGGCUGGAGGGGGUUGGAUCAUGGACACUUUGUAGAGAACCUCACUUUUAACCUCUUAACUUUAAACUCAAAGUUUUUAAAAUGCCAUGUAGAAAACGUUUGUCUAAAAUAUUUGUACAACUGUCACUAUGGCUGGAGUUUUUCACUGUUUUUAAGAUGUUUUUGUUUUAACCGGUCAAGUUAUUUAAAAAAGGAUGGAGGGUGGCCUUUGCAUUUGUUUCUUCUA